AUGGCGGGAACAAGUAUGUCGGAGUCUCCACGAAAUUCAGGGACAGUGGACCUUUUGCACAUGCCAUUGGAAGUCUUCUGGAUGAUCUUGCAGUAUCUUGAUGCCAAGGAUAUUGUACGAUGUCGUCGGGUUUCAAAACAUUGGAACGAAGCAUUUACCAACCCAGUGUAUCUGGUUCGCCUGUUGAUUCAACUGUUUCCCAGAGCUCCAGAGGUUCGGGCGCUGAAAGGCAAACAGUCGUUGGACGAGCUACUCUCCACGGUUCAGAGCAGCGAGUAUUGGCGCGAACUGUUCGACAAGGUUGCCUCGAGAUACGAUCAUCUCAGCCGGGGCAAGCCAAGGUCGGUCCAAAAGCUCAAGCUCUGUGAUGACUUUGGAGUCACAGGAGAAAGAGAGUGGUUUCAGGUACAGCCUUGGGAUAGCCAUGCCAGUCAUCUCAUGCAGCGGGUUGAUUACCUCUAUCCCGAAACGUUCUGGACCUACGAGGAUGGUUUGCUUGUGUACCCCAGCGCAGAUUACUCCUCUUUGGUCGUCAUGGAUGUGGAGACCGGUAAACAGGUAAUGGUACCGUUCUUGAUUAUCGGUAAGGUGAUUAGGAGAAUUCGCCUGCAGAAACGAGUCCUUGUAGUGGAAUGGGCUGAACCAAAGGCCUUCCACUGGCUGAAUGACAGCGACGGGGUCCAUCGUCAUUUUGCAUCUUCAUUUGACGUGACCCAAGAAGCCAAUGGCAGCUGGAACGUCGCGUUUCGCAACGAAUGGAAGAUCAUGUUUCUUGGCCAUCCUCUGAGCGAAAGGGAUCGGUUCUACUCCACUCAUAACAAGACACAUUAUGUGAUCUACAUAUGGCAACCCAAUCGCAGCUUGUACACUGCCGACGAGGAUGCCCCAAUCGAGUCCCUGUUUGUCUGGGACAUUUCAAAGCCAUGUCCCUACAGGCCCUCUCUGGAUCCUACAGGGCGGCAACGGAGCGAAGAGCAGGAUCAAGCUCCCUCCAUUGUCUCUCGUUUCGGGUUUAGAGAGUUAGGGUUCUUCUCUGUCAGACAACGAGGAGUACCGGGCAUGCAAGGUCUAGAAAUAACCGAUGAUGGCCAAGCCAUAGAAAUUAUUGAGAACUUGUGCACAGGACCGCUUGACCGACUCGUCGGACCGACGGAGUGGACGUCUCAGGUGCAGAUCACGAGCAUUCCCCUGAUUGGCGAUGGACCAGUAUGGAGGCGAGACGUUGACUACAUCUUAUCUCCUUACCGCGGGAGCAACGGGUUACAGACAAGGCCUCUCGGCCUGCUUUGCAAACAGUUCUGGUACACUGUCAUUUCCGAGAUUUAUGAUAAAAACUCAAAGGCAGGAUUUGCCUUGCAUCUGUCUCCAUUGGGCUGGCCUUUUGACUCGAAGAUAUACUUGAGUAUACAGACGCCAUACUCUCGGAUUGUCUUGAAACCCGACGAUGUUUUUGAACUCGCGGGUAAGGGAAAGAUUUGCGGAAAUGAGAAAUUCGUGAUAGGAGAAAAUGCGAACCGCGAGCUUGUCAUCUGGAGAUUCGAUCGCUAG